CAGGGGAUGGCGUCGGGCCUGGGCUCCCCGUCCCCCUGCUCGGCGGGCAGCGACGAGGAGGACAUGGAGGCGCUUCUGAACAACAGCCUGCCCCCACCCCACCCAGAAAAUGAAGAGGACCUGGAAGAGGAUUUGUCCGAAGCAGAAACCCCAAAGCUCAAGAAGAAGAAAAAACCUAAAAAACCACGGGACCCUAAAAUCCCUAAGAGCAAGCGCCAAAAAAAGGAGCGUGUGCUCUUGUGCCGGCAGCUGGGAGACAGUUCUGGGGAGGGGCCCGAGUUUGUGGAGGAGGAGGAAGAGGUGGCCCUGCGCUCAGACAGUGAGGGCAGCGAUUAUACCCCUGGUAAGAAGAAGAAGAAGAAGCUGGGACCCAAGAAGGAGAAGAAGAGCAAGUCCAAGCGGAAGGAGGAGGAAGAGGAAGAUGACGACGACGACGACUCAAAGGAGCCUAAGUCGUCAGCUCAGCUCCUGGAAGACUGGGGCAUGGAAGACAUUGACCACAUGUUCUCGGAGGAGGAUUACCGCACCCUCACCAACUACAAGGCCUUCAGCCAGUUUGUCCGACCCCUCAUCGCUGCCAAAAACCCCAAGAUUGCUGUCUCCAAGAUGAUGAUGGUUUUGGGUGCAAAGUGGCGGGAGUUCAGUACCAACAACCCCUUCAAAGGCAGUUCAGGGGCGUCUGUGGCAGCGGCCGCAGCCGCAGCAGUGGCUGUGGUGGAGAGCAUGGUGACGGCCUCUGAAGUUGCCCCUCCCCCACCUCCGGUGGAGGUGCCCAUCCGCAAGGCCAAGACCAAGGAGGGCAAAGGUCCCAAUGCCCGGAGGAAACCCAAAGGCAGCCCUCGAGUUCCUGAUGCCAAGAAGCCGAAGCCCAAGAAAGUCGCACCCCUGAAGAUCAAGCUGGGAGGGUUUGGCUCCAAGCGGAAGCGAUCCUCGAGUGAGGACGAUGACCUAGACGUGGAGUCGGACUUCGACGAUGCCAGCAUCAAUAGCUAUUCUGUCUCUGACGGUUCCACCAGCCGCAGUAGCCGCAGCCGCAAGAAGCUCCGCACCACAAAGAAGAAAAAGAAAGGCGAGGAGGAGGUGACUGCUGUGGAUGGUUAUGAGACAGACCACCAGGACUAUUGCGAGGUGUGCCAGCAAGGAGGGGAGAUCAUCCUGUGUGACACCUGCCCGAGAGCGUACCACAUGGUCUGCCUGGAUCCGGACAUGGAGAAGGCCCCCGAGGGCAAGUGGAGCUGUCCGCACUGUGAGAAGGAAGGCAUCCAGUGGGAGGCGAAGGAGGACAAUUCGGAGGGGGAGGAGAUCCUGGAGGAGGUGGGCGGCGACCCCGAGGAGGAAGAUGACCACCACAUGGAGUUCUGCCGAGUCUGCAAGGAUGGCGGGGAGCUGCUGUGCUGCGACACCUGCCCGUCGUCUUACCACAUCCACUGUCUCAAUCCCCCGCUCCCAGAGAUCCCCAACGGCGAGUGGCUCUGCCCUCGGUGCACGUGUCCAGCUUUGAAGGGCAAAGUUCAGAAGAUCCUCAUCUGGAAGUGGGGCCAGCCGCCAUCUCCCACGCCCGUUCCUCGGCCUCCGGACGCUGAUCCCAAUACUCCUUCUCCCAAGCCCUUGGAGGGGCGGCCAGAGCGGCAGUUCUUUGUGAAAUGGCAAGGCAUGUCUUACUGGCACUGCUCCUGGGUGUCCGAGCUGCAGUUGGAGCUGCACUGUCAAGUGAUGUUCCGGAACUAUCAGCGGAAGAACGAUAUGGACGAGCCACCUUCGGGAGACUUCGGUGGGGACGAGGAGAAGAGUCGGAAGCGGAAGAACAAAGACCCAAAGUUCGCAGAGAUGGAAGAACGUUUCUAUCGCUAUGGGAUCAAACCCGAGUGGAUGAUGAUCCACCGAAUUCUCAACCACAGUGUGGACAAGAAAGGCCACGUUCACUACUUGAUCAAGUGGCGGGACCUGCCCUAUGACCAGGCAUCAUGGGAGAGCGAGGAUGUGGAGAUCCAGGACUAUGACCUGUUCAAGCAGAGCUACUGGAAUCACAGGGAGCUGAUGAGGGGAGAGGAAGGGCGUCCAGGCAAGAAGCUUAAGAAAGUGAAACUGAGAAAGUUGGAGAGGCCUCCUGAGACGCCCACAGUUGAUCCGACAGUGAAGUAUGAGCGACAGCCUGAAUACCUGGACGCCACGGGUGGAACCCUGCACCCCUAUCAGAUGGAGGGCUUGAACUGGCUGCGCUUCUCCUGGGCGCAGGGCACUGACACCAUCUUGGCUGAUGAGAUGGGCCUGGGGAAGACGGUGCAGACAGCGGUCUUUCUCUAUUCGCUCUACAAAGAGGGUCAUUCCAAAGGCCCCUUCCUUGUGAGUGCCCCACUUUCUACCAUCAUCAACUGGGAGCGAGAGUUUGAGAUGUGGGCUCCAGAUAUGUAUGUGGUGACAUAUGUGGGUGACAAGGACAGCCGAGCCAUUAUCCGAGAGAACGAGUUCUCCUUUGAAGAUAAUGCCAUCCGUGGGGGCAAGAAGGCCUCCCGCAUGAAGAAAGAGGCGUCUGUGAAGUUCCACGUACUGCUGACGUCCUAUGAGUUGAUCACCAUCGACAUGGCCAUCCUGGGUUCCAUCGACUGGGCCUGCCUCAUUGUGGAUGAAGCCCAUCGACUCAAAAACAAUCAGUCGAAGUUCUUCAGGGUCUUGAAUGGCUACUCACUCCAGCACAAGCUCUUGCUGACGGGCACUCCUUUACAGAACAAUCUGGAAGAAUUGUUUCAUUUGCUCAACUUUCUUACCCCUGAGAGGUUCCACAAUUUGGAAGGCUUCCUGGAGGAGUUUGCAGACAUCGCCAAGGAGGACCAGAUCAAGAAGCUGCAUGACAUGCUGGGCCCUCACAUGUUGCGGCGUCUCAAGGCAGACGUGUUUAAGAACAUGCCCUCCAAGACCGAGCUGAUUGUGCGUGUGGAGCUGAGCCCCAUGCAGAAGAAAUACUACAAGUACAUCCUCACGCGGAAUUUUGAGGCGCUCAACGCCCGUGGUGGUGGCAACCAGGUGUCCCUGCUGAACGUGGUGAUGGACCUGAAGAAGUGCUGCAACCAUCCGUAUCUCUUCCCCGUGGCCGCCAUGGAAGCUCCGAAGAUGCCCAAUGGCAUGUACGAUGGCAGUGCUCUGAUCCGGGCUUCGGGAAAGCUGCUGCUGUUGCAGAAGAUGCUCAAGAACCUCAAGGAGGGGGGCCACCGGGUGCUCAUCUUCUCCCAGAUGACCAAGAUGUUGGACCUGCUGGAGGAUUUCUUGGAACAUGAAGGUUAUAAGUAUGAGCGCAUUGAUGGCGGCAUCACUGGGAACAUGCGCCAGGAGGCCAUCGACCGCUUCAAUGCGCCGGGCGCUCAGCAGUUUUGCUUCUUGCUUUCCACACGAGCUGGGGGCCUUGGAAUCAAUCUGGCCACUGCCGACACAGUUAUUAUCUAUGACUCUGAUUGGAAUCCCCAUAAUGACAUCCAGGCCUUUAGCCGAGCUCACCGUAUCGGGCAGAACAAGAAAGUGAUGAUCUAUCGGUUUGUGACCCGAGCGUCAGUGGAGGAGCGCAUCACGCAGGUGGCGAAGAAGAAGAUGAUGCUGACGCAUCUAGUGGUUCGGCCCGGUCUGGGCUCCAAGACUGGCUCCAUGUCCAAACAGGAGCUUGACGAUAUCCUCAAGUUUGGCACUGAGGAACUGUUUAAGGAUGAGGCCACGGAUGGAGGUGGAGACAGUAAAGAGGGCGAGGACAGCAGUGUUAUUCACUAUGAUGACAAAGCCAUUGAACGGCUGCUGGAUCGGAACCAGGAUGAGACCGAAGACACGGAGUUGCAGGGCAUGAAUGAAUAUUUGAGCUCAUUUAAAGUGGCCCAAUAUGUGGUACGGGAAGAAGAGAUGGGGGAGGAAGAGGAGGUAGAGCGGGAAAUCAUUAAACAGGAAGAAAGUGUGGACCCUGACUACUGGGAGAAACUGCUGCGGCACCAUUAUGAGCAGCAGCAGGAAGAUCUGGCCCGAAAUCUGGGCAAAGGAAAAAGAAUCCGUAAACAGGUCAACUACAAUGAUGGCUCCCAGGAGGACCGAGGUGUGUGUGGCCGGCCCCGCCCCCCACCCAUGGGCCGAUCUACCAGAGCAGUGGGCCCCGCUCAUCUGCCCUCUCUCCCUCCAGAUUGGCAGGACGACCAGUCCGACAACCAGUCCGAUUAUUCUGUGGCUUCAGAGGAAGGUGAUGAAGACUUUGAUGAACGAUCAGAAGCGCCCCGCAGGCCCAGUCGCAAGGGCCUGCGGAACGAUAAAGAUAAGCCAUUGCCUCCUCUGUUGGCCCGCGUUGGGGGGAAUAUUGAAGUUCUUGGCUUUAAUGCCCGUCAACGAAAAGCCUUUCUUAAUGCAAUUAUGCGAUAUGGCAUGCCACCUCAGGAUGCUUUUACCACUCAGUGGCUGGUGAGGGACCUUCGAGGCAAGUCAGAGAAGGAGUUCAAAGCGUAUGUCUCACUUUUUAUGAGACAUUUAUGUGAACCGGGAGCCGAUGGGGCUGAAACGUUUGCAGAUGGUGUCCCCCGAGAAGGCUUGUCACGUCAGCAUGUCCUUACAAGAAUCGGUGUCAUGUCCUUAAUUCGCAAAAAGGUCCAAGAGUUUGAACAUGUUAAUGGGCGCUGGAGCAUGCCUGAACUUGCCGAAGUAGAGGAAAACAAGAAAAUGUCCCAACCAGGCUCGCCCUCCCCAAAGACUCCAACCCCGUCUACUCCAGGGGACACGCAGCCCAAUACACCUGCCCCUGCGCCACCUGUGGAGGAUGGGGUUAAAAUUGAGGAAAAUAAUCUCAAAGAAGAGGAAAAUCCUGAAGGAGAGAAAGAGGUGAAGCCUGUAGCCCCUGAAACUGUGGUUGAGUGUGCACAGCCCCCUGCCCCUGCCGCCGCUACCACCACCACCACCACCACUGAGGAGGACAAGGCCGUGGUUGAGCCUCCCGAGGGAGAGGAGAAGGUGGAAAAGGCAGAGGGGAAGGAGCGGACCGAGGAGCCCAUGGAGACCGAGUCCAAAGGUGCUGCCGAUGUGGAGAAGGCAGAGGAGAAGACACCCAUAGACUUGACCCCUAUUGUGGUGGAGGACAAAGAAGUGAAGAAAGAAGAAGAGGAGAAAAAAGAGGUGAUGCUUCAGAAUGGGGAGACCCCCAAGGAGCUAAAUGACGAGAAGCAGAAGAAAAAUAUUAAGCAGCGCUUCAUGUUCAACAUCGCUGAUGGUGGUUUCACUGAAUUGCACUCCCUCUGGCAGAACGAGGAGCGGGCUGCCACUGUCACCAAGAAGACAUAUGAGAUCUGGCACCGGCGGCAUGACUACUGGCUACUGGCCGGCAUCAUAAACCAUGGCUAUGCCCGGUGGCAGGACAUCCAGAAUGACCCACGCUAUGCCAUCCUCAAUGAGCCUUUUAAGGGUGAAAUGAACCGGGGCAAUUUCUUAGAGAUCAAGAAUAAGUUUCUGGCCCGGCGGUUCAAGCUUUUGGAGCAAGCCCUGGUGAUAGAGGAGCAGCUGCGCCGAGCAGCUUACUUGAACAUGUCGGAGGACCCCUCUCACCCCUCCAUGGCCCUCAACACCCGCUUUGCUGAGGUGGAGUGUUUGGCCGAGAGUCAUCAGCAUCUGUCCAAGGAGUCGAUGGCUGGAAACAAACCAGCCAAUGCGGUCCUGCACAAAGUUCUGAAACAGCUGGAAGAACUGCUAAGUGACAUGAAAGCCGAUGUGACACGGCUGCCCGCUACUAUUGCCCGAAUCCCUCCUGUUGCUGUGAGGCUACAGAUGUCAGAACGAAAUAUCCUCAGUCGCCUGGCCAACCGAGCACCCGAACCGACUCCACAGCAGGUAGCGCAGCAGCAGUGAAGAUCCAGACCAGAGAUAAUGGCUGAGCAGUGACCUUCCUCACUUUCCCUUGUCCCGCUUCUCCCUGGGGGCCCGAGAGACCCUCUUCUUUCUGCCCCAUCGUCCAAGUUGUAAAGGAACAGCCCCUGCGCACUGGGGGCGGAGAGGGAGCGCGGGCCGCAGUGCCCUUCCUGCUGGAGAGACUGACUGCAGCAGUAGCGCCGGCGCCACCCGCAGGGAGCUGGCAGGCUGGCCUUCUUGCAGGCCCUGGCUUCUCCCCACCGGAACUUGUUACACACAGACUGUUGGGGUUCCCGCCAGGCUUGGAGAGAAAAAUGAUCUGAAUUUCUUCCUCCUUUUGGAUUUAUUUUAUUUUGUGCUUUCUUUCUCUUGUCUUUUACUUUUCAUUUGGGAGGGGGGUAUUCAGAGUGGGCCGGGCCCCUGGGCGAGACACAGCUACCUCUGUUGGCAUCUUUUUAAUACCAGGAACCCAGCGGCUCCAGCCACUGAGCGGCUAGAAUGGAAUAAAGUGGAAACAAACAAUAACACGGAAAAGAACCAAAAGCGUAAAAAACCACAGCAAAUUUCUUGAUGAAAACUGAAAAUAAAGGUUUCCUUGUAUUUUA